GCCCUCGAUUGCCACGACAACAGAAACUCUUUCUUCUUUGAGGGAAAAAAGGGGAGGGAUUUUCCGGGAAAAUUUUCCAUUUUCCGUCGAAAGAUCGCACUUUGAGAUAUCAUGAGCAACGAGUACGAUUAUCUGUUCAAGCUUUUACUAAUCGGAGACUCUUCGGUCGGGAAAUCGUGCCUGCUUCUCAGAUUCGCCGAUGAUGCUUAUAUCGACAGCUACAUAAGUACUAUUGGUGUCGACUUUAAAAUUAGGACCAUCGAGCUCGAUGGGAAGACUAUAAAGCUGCAGAUCUGGGAUACUGCGGGGCAGGAGCGUUUCAGGACCAUCACUAGCAGUUAUUACAGAGGAGCUCAUGGGAUCAUCAUUGUGUAUGAUUGUACUGAGAUGGAGAGCUUCAACAACGUGAAGCAGUGGCUGAGUGAGAUAGAUAGAUACGCUAACGAAAGCGUUUGCAAGCUUCUAAUCGGAAACAAAACUGAUCUGAUUGAAAACAAAGUUGUUACCACCGAGGCCGGAAAGGCCCUUGCUGAUGAGCUCGGGAUUCCUUUUCUGGAGACGAGUGCCAAGGAUGCUAUCAACGUAGAACAUGCUUUCUUAACCAUUGCUGGAGAGAUCAAGAAGAAAAUGGGAAACCAGCCGAGUGUUAACAAGGCGUCGGGGACAGUCCAGAUGAAAGGACAGCCUAUCCAACAGAACAGCGGUUGCUGCGGUUAGUCUCUGUAAAUCUUUACGACUUAUCUGUUCUUCUCUUCUUUUAUCCGUACGCAAGCUCUUGAAAAAAAAACCCUACUUCUGUCUCUGAAACCUGUUAGAAUUGUGCCCUAAGUGCUUUAGAGAAGUUCCUUUGUUUUCCUAAGGGAUCAAACU